AGGGAUACUGUGACUGAUAAUGGUGGUGUGCUGUUGGUUCAACUAUUAUACAGUAUUUGUUGAACUUUGUGAUACUCUUGGUGAUACUGAUACAAAGAUUGAGUUACUGCAUCCAUUAGGGGAGGACAGUCCCAUAAUUGAGGGAUUUUUAAAAUGUAAUCCAGCUGGAGGGAUACACCACAUCUGCCUUGAAGUUAGUGACAUACAUAAAGCAGUUGAUUCAUUGAAAGGUAAAGUGAGAGCAUUGAAUCCUGAACCAAAAAUUGGUGCUCAUGGUAAACCAGUUGUGUUCUUACAUCCUAAGGAUUGUGAUGGAGUACUGGUUGAACUGGAACAAGAAUAAUUAACAAUAAUUCUAACUAUAAAUUUACAUAAAAAGUAGCAAAAUAAUGUUGGUAGCAAUAAAAUGAAAAUAAGCAAAAAUAAUUUUUACAGAGAAACAAAUAACUAGUUGCUUUUCACCACA